AACAUGACUGUUGCCAGCGCUGGUCGCUUCAUGUAUUUUGCAUUUGGGAGCAACUUGUUAAAGGAGAGACUACAGCUGGCAAAUCCUUCGGCUACAUUCUUCUCUAUAGGUCGGCUAAAGAACUAUAGACUGAACUUUGGCCUGUGGGCUAAAAACGUGGAAACGAUUUGGCACGGCGGAGCGGCCACCAUUGAAUUCUGUCCAGACUCAGAGUUGUGGGGGGUGAUCUGGACUUUGAGUGAUGAAGACUCUUCAAACUUAGACAGCCAGGAAGGCGUGAGCAGUGGAAUAUACUCUCCGCUGGAGGUUUCUGUGGAGAUGGAUAAAGGCACCGUGCUCUGCAGGACUUAUCAGAUGAACAAUUUCCACCCAUGCCCUCCGUCUCCUCCAUACAAACAGGUGAUGUGCAUGGGUGCAGAGCAGAAUGGGCUUCCAGAGGAGUACCUGAUGAAGCUGGAGGCCAUUCAAACCAACAACUACAGCGGGCCGUCGAUCCUUGAUAAAAUCAAGACCGUCGUGGAGAACGGGAACAGCUUCUGAAGUUAGAUAUUAGCAAAUGUAGACCGAAUGUUUUGAGAAAACGGGACGUGGAGCUCAUGCCAAGGUUUGUUUUACCAAGAUGGAUCGAAGUAAUUCAACAGAAUCAAAUACAGGAGCUCAGUGUUUUAUUUUAUUUAUUGUGUCAUAAGUUAUAGUUUAUUGGAAGGAAAGAGGAAGUAUAAUAAACUGAUUAAUAUAAUGUUAUGGA